AUGUGGGAUCUGUUGGUGCUGACAGCUGGAAAUGACCAACAAAAGCGUAACUUUGAGCUUCUUCUCGCCGAAGUGAACACAUCACUUUAUUGUCGAGAGACCGUAGUGAUCUCUGAUUAUCCGAAGGACGUGAGGAUUGGUUCGGGCGGUGCUACACUGAAUGUUCUGCAUUCCAUCGAAAACCGUUCGAAGGGACAAAAGGUAUUACUGAUCCAUUCUGGUGGCCUUUCUCAGCGAUUGCCUCAUGUUUCAGCGUUUGGAAAAAUAUUCCUCACUUUACCCAAUGGCAUCACGGCACUCGAAGCGAAACUGCGUACGUACCAGUCUCUUCCAACGACACUUCCCCCUGGACUUCUCGUCGCCGCCUCGGAUGUACUCGAAGACGUUUCAGCUUUUGAAAAAUGUGACCCGACCUCCGACAUGGUCCUUUUCGCCACCGAGUCAAAUUUGGAGGUAGCAUCAGGCCAUGGCGUGUUUGUAAUGGAGAAUGACCGAUUGAAAUCGGUGCUACAGAAGCCUUCUCUGGAGGAGAUGAGAGCCGCAGGAGCGAUUCUACCGACAGGAAAUGCUCUUACAGAUUGCUUUUUCUGGAUGUCAUGGCGAGUGUGCGACCAGCUGCUAUCGGUAUCGCGAAGUCGUGGUCCAUGCUCAGUCGAAACAUGUUGUUAUGGGGAUUUUAUGCGCCCACUUGGCACGGAUCCAAUUUUGAACUAUCUAACGGAAGGAGAUGCUGAAGUAUCUUCAUGGCGUCAAGCCUUUGCCGGCGUGUUCUCGAAAGUCACUCCGGAAGAUCGAGCAUUGCAGGAAGGACUCGAUAUUUUCAAAGAAAUUCCUGGAAACCUUUUCGAAUACCAUUCACUGCAAUUUGACCAACUGUAG